UUCCAACAUUCCACGCGGUGCUCUAAAGACCAUGAUCCGAUAAUAGUGCCAGGUUGCCAUUCAAGCAGUGUGUCGACUGCACAAACCGUCAACUCAACAGCCGAUGAAGCGCCUGAAUCAAGCGCGGAUCUCAUUUCCAGCGAACCCCGCAUCAGGUCUCACAAGAGGAAUACGACGCACCGCAGACGUCGCGACGAUGACGACUUUGACGAGCGAUGGGGCGAUGAGGAGGUUGUGGAGGACGAUGAACAUGGCGCAGAUGGCGAUUUCGUGGAAUCCUCGUCCAAGCGGGUAAAACUUUCAGAUGGUUCGGCAUCGCACCGAUCGAGGAACCAUACACCUCCGGAAACGGAUGGAGACAGGGCACAGAAGGAAAGAGAAAGAGACGCGAGGGAACGAGAUGAAUUUGCGAAGCGGCUGGCGAAACGGGAUGAAGAGCGGGCAAAGAAAAUUGUGGAAGACAGGUCCGCCGCCAAAGACAGUGCAACGGCUCAGCGACGGGCGUUGGCCGAUGACGCAGCGGCAAGAGAGGCCGCCAUGCCAGACCUCAGACUGCGUUCGCGACAGGACUAUUUGAAGAAGAGAGAGGCAGAGCGGCUGGCUCUCUUACGAAAGCAAGUCGCCGAGGAACAAGCGGAACUGAGGGACAACCCAGAUCUGUCAAGGCGAGAGAAAGAGGAAUUUGCACGCAACAAGGAGAUUUUACGCCUUGCUGAAGAGAGACUGGCAAUUGAUGAUCACCUCGACGGAUAUGCUCUUCCUGAGGACUACAUUACGGAAAAGGGCAAGAUUGACAAACGCAAAAAAGAACAGGCUUUAUACCAGCGUUAUGUCGAUCGAGAUGAGGCUGGGAGAGAACGAUAUGUUACCGAGCACGAGGAAUGGGAGAAAGAGCAGACCAAGAGAGCCGAAGCCCAAAUUAAAAGGUCAGAGUAUAUCGAUGAGGGCGAGUACAACUAUGUAUUCGAUGAGAGCCAACAAAUGAAGUUCAUAUUGUCAGACACUCUGGAAGGAGAUAAAGGCAUGAGCAGGGAGCAGAGGGAGAUGCAGCAAAGGCUAAGCGCUGCAGAAGCAAAGGCCAAAAGCAUUGAAGAAACGAGAAUGAGUCUACCCAUCUAUCAAUUCCGGGAUCAGAUCAUUCAGGCGGUCAAAGAGCAUCAAGUUCUGAUCAUUGUGGGUGAAACGGGAAGCGGAAAGACAACACAGCUCCCGCAGUACCUCCAUGAGGCUGGCUUCACGAAAGGUGGCAUGAAGAUUGGGUGCACACAACCCCGGAGAGUGGCUGCUAUGUCAGUCGCCGCAAGAGUCGCAGAGGAAAUGGGUAAGCGAUUGGGAAACGAAGUCGGCUACGCCAUACGAUUCGAGGACAACACCAGCGAGAAAACCGUGCUGAAAUAUAUGACGGACGGUAUGCUGCUAAGAGAACUCCUGACCGACCCUGAACUGUCUCAGUAUUCGGCCCUUAUGAUUGACGAGGCGCACGAACGGACAGUGAGUACUGAUAUUGCAUGUGGCCUGCUGAAGGACAUUGCACGAGCGAGACCCGAUUUGAAGCUUCUGAUCUCCUCGGCCACAAUGGACGCAAGGAAGUUUCAGAAAUACUUCGACGAUGCACCGAUCUUCAAUAUUCCUGGAAGGAGAUAUGCAGUGGACAUACAUUAUACCGCCCAACCAGAAGCGAACUAUCUAGCUGCCGCCAUCACAACAGUCUUCCAAAUCCACAUCACGCAGGGAGCAGGUGAUAUUCUCGUUUUCCUAACUGGGCAGGAGGAGAUUGAAGCAAUGGAGGCUAGUCUACAAGAGACAGCUCGGAAGCUAGGAAGCAAGGUCAAGGAGAUGAUCAUCUGUCCCAUUUAUGCCAACUUGCCAACAGACUUGCAAGCCAAGAUUUUCGAGCCCACACCUGCUGGGGCGAGGAAGGUGGUCCUAGCUACCAACAUCGCGGAAACAUCAUUGACUAUCGAUGGUAUUGUCUACGUCAUUGAUCCAGGCUUCGUCAAAGAGAAUCAGUACAACCCUCGGACCGGCAUGGAGUCCUUGGUCGUUGUCCCCUGCAGUCGGGCCUCAGCUGGUCAACGAGCCGGCCGUGCUGGACGAGUUGGACCCGGCAAAUGCUUUCGACUUUACACUGCUCAAGCAUAUAAGAAUGAACUCGAGGAAAACACCACUCCAGAAAUACAGAGAACAAACCUGUCUGGCGUCAUCCUCCUGUUGAAGAGUCUUGGAAUCAACGAUCUUCUCGACUUCGACUUCAUGGAUCCACCUUCUACUGACACCAUCGUCCGUGCCGUCGAGCAACUAUACGCGCUGGGCGCGCUGAACAAUGCUGGGGAGCUCACCAAGAUCGGUCGCCAAAUGGCCGAGUUCCCAACAGAUCCCAUGCUCGCGCGCGCAAUCCUUGCAGCAGACAAGUAUGGAUGCGUGGAGGAGGUUCUCUCUAUCAUCGCAAUGCUGGGAGAAGCAUCAGCACUGUUCUUUCGACCCAAAGACAAGAAAAUCCACGCCGACAGUGCCCGGGCCAGAUUCACGAACAAGGACGGUGGCGAUCACCUCUCACUGCUAAACAUCUUCAACGAAUGGGUUGAUUCCGACUACAGUUAUGUCUGGGCCAAGGAAAACUUUCUACAACAGCGAAGUUUGACUCGAGCGCGUGACGUCCGAGACCAACUGGCAAGGCUAUGCGACCGGGUUGAGGUGGAUGCCAGCAAGACUUGUGGCGGCGCAUCAAACAUAGAACCGAUCCAAAAAGCCAUCACUGCAGGUUUCUUUCCUCAUUCAGCUCGACUUCAGCGAGAUGGCCAGAGUUACCGCACGGUCAAGAACGGGCAAGUCGUCUACAUCCAUCCCUCAGGCGUUCUGAUGGAGAGUCGGCCGAAGUGGAUUAUCUACCACGAACUGGUAUUGACGAGUAAGGAGUACAUGCGCAGUUGCAUGCCCUUGAAACCGGAGUGGCUGAUUGAAGUGGCGCCACAUUAUUACAAGAAGCAAGAUUUGGAGAGCCUGGGUGUGGAAAGGAAAGUACCCAGAGGAGAAGGCAAGGCUCAAAGUAAGAUAUGACAGAGUGGGAGGUGAUGCCAAAUGAGACCCAAGAUAGAAAAAUGUACUUGCCAACGGAUGAAAACUGCUUCCUUC